CACAUCCUCAGCUCUGCUCUCAUUGCUGUGUGUUGGGUUGGUUGGAGGGUUGCCCUCCCUUUGCUGCUAUGAGGCACCUUGCACAGGCUGCGACGGCUGCAGGCGAUUUUGCUGAAAUUGGAUUACGCCGAUGAUUAGCAGAGACUUGAUGCAAACCUCCCCUUUUUUUUUUUUUCUUGUCAUUAUGCUGGACAUUAUCGUGCUUUUAAGAAGAGCCGCCUGCCUACUCCAGAUCAUUGGCAGCAUUACCAGCUCGGGUCCCUCAGGAGCAUCCUAGAUAGUGGAGAUUAUCCGUGGGAGCGGCUGCCGCAGGACGACUUGUCGCUGGACGGCGGGGUGAGAAUCGCGCAGGACUCCUGCUGCUCCUGGUGAUGCCGGGCACCCUGGGCCGGCGGAUCGAGCCGAAAGUUUGGAGCGGACUGAGGUCGUAAGGAGAUCGCACCUUGGCCUCCCAGUCCUGGGGGGGCCCAGGAUGUCGGGGUGCCGGUUGGCCAACAUGAACGGGUUCCAGGAGGAUCACCGGAUGGAGGCCGGGGACGUCAAUCGGAUCAUGAGGUGCCUGGAGACCGGGUCGGUGCUGACCCUCUUCUAUCAGAAAAAGUCUCAGCGGCCGGAGAGACGGACCUUCCAGGUCAAGAUGGACACCAGAGAGGUCAUCUGGUUCCGGACGCCAGAGAAGGUGGAGGGCGAUAUUGAUAUUCGGGAGAUAAAAGAGAUCCGGCCGGGGAAGAAUUCGAGGGACUUUGAGCGAUACCCGGAAGACGCCCGCAAGCUGGACUCCACCCUCUGCUUCAUCAUCCUGUAUGGUGCCGACUUCAGACUGAAGACCCUCAGCGUGGCCGCGUUCAGCGAGGAGGAGGUGACCAUGUGGAUCAGCGGAUUGAACUGGGUGAUGUCUGACACCAUGAGGUCCCCGGGGCCCCUGCAGGUGGAGAGGUGGCUGAGGAAACAGUUUGAGGUGAUGGACCGGGGGCGGGACGGCAGCGUCUCCCUGAAGGAUCUAAAGGCUUUCCUCCCCCAGGUGAAUUAUCGAGUGCCUAAUAUGAGGUUCCUGCGGGACAAAUUGCAGGAGAUCGAGGCCCGCAGCGACAUGUCCUUUGCGCACUUCAUCCUCUUCUACAAGAACCUGAUGUUUGACGCUCAGAAAUCGAUCAUCGAGCAACUGGAACUGUCUUUCCCGCUAAGGAAUGUGGACCGGCCGUCUCUGUGUCAAAUCUCACUCUACGAUUUCCAGCGCUUCCUCCAAUACGAUCAGAAGGAAUCCUGGGCAAGUGACCUUCGGAAAGUGAGAGAUUAUCUAUGCAGUUAUCUCCGAGACACAGACAGCGAGAUGUCCGAGCCGGUGCUGCAACUGGACGAGUUCCUGAUUUACCUCUUCUCCAAAGAAAAUGGGAUUGUGGACUUUCGGUGUGACGUGGUGAUCCCGGAAGAGAUGAACUACCCGCUGUCCCAGUACUGGAUCUCCUCCUCCCAUAACACGUACCUGACGGGGGACCAGUUCUCCAGCGAGUCCUCUCUGGAGGCGUACGCUCGCUGUCUCCGCAUGGGCUGCCGCUGCAUCGAGCUGGAUUGCUGGGAUGGGCCAGAUGACCUGCCAAUCAUCUACCAUGGACACACGCUGACCUCUAAGAUCAAAUUCCUGGAUGUCCUCUACACCAUCAAGGACAACGCCUUCAUCACCUCCGAGUACCCCGUCAUCCUGUCCAUAGAAGAUCACUGCAGCGUCAUGCAGCAGAGGAAUAUGGCCUUUUACUUCAAGAAGGUGUUUGGUGAGAUGCUUCUGACCAAACCGGUGGACAUCAAUGCCGAUGAGCUGCCGUCUCCCAACCAGCUGAGGAGGAAGAUUCUCAUUAAGCACAAGAAGUUGGUGGAAGGGAAUCUGUAUGAGGAGGUCUCCACAGCCAGCUACUCCGAGAACGACAUCAGCAACUCCAUCAAGAACGGAAUCCUGUACCUGGAGGACCCCAUCGACCACACUUGGAGUCCGCACUACUUUGUCCUGACCAGCAACAAGAUCUAUUACUCCGAGGAGACCUCCCCGUACCAGUCCAACGAGGACGAGGAGGAGACCGAGCCCAAGGAGGAAUUAAAUAAUAACGAGCUGCACUUUAGCAAGAAGUGGUUCCACGGUAAACUGGGCGGGGGACGCGACGGACGCCAGAUCGCCGAGAAGCUGCUGCACGAGUAUUGCACGGAGACCGGAGGAAAAGACGGGACCUUCCUAGUGCGGGAGAGCGAGACCUUUGUGGGUGACUACACCCUGUCCUUCUGGCGCUCCAGCCGGGUCCAACAUUGCCGCAUCCACUCCAGACAAGAAGCCGGCACCACCAAAUUCUACCUGACCGACAACCUGGUAUUCGACAGUCUGUACAGCCUCAUCAGCCAUUACCGGGAGGUGCCGCUGCGCUGCAAUGAGUUUGAGAUGCGCCUGACCGACCCGGUGCCGCAGCCCAACGCCCACGAGAGUAAAGAGUGGUACCACGCCAGUCUCACCCGCCUGCAGGCAGAGCACAUGUUGAUGAGAGUCCCUCGUGACGGGGCGUUUCUGGUGCGCAAGAGGAGUGAACUGAAUUCUUAUGCGAUUUCCUUUAGGGCUGAGGGAAAGAUUAAGCACUGCCGCAUCCAGCAGGAAGGGCGUCUCUUUAUGCUGGGAAGUUCGGCCGAGUUUGAGAGUCUGAUGGAUCUCGUUAGCUAUUAUGAGAAGCAUCCUUUAUACCGCAAGAUGAAACUUCGCUACCCUAUUAAUGAGGAAGCUCUGGAGAGGAUGGGCACAACGGAACUGGAUUACGGUGCCCUCUAUGAAGUUCGGACUCCGCACCAUUAUGUGGAAGCCAACAAAAUGCCAACAUCUCGGUGUAUGGUGAAGGCUCUCUAUGACUACAAGGCCCAGCGAGAGGACGAGCUUUCCUUCUGUAAGCAAGCCAUCAUACACAACGUGGACAAGCAAGAUGGAGGCUGGUGGCGCGGGGAUUAUGGCGGGAAGAAGCAGCUUUGGUUCCCGGCGAACUACGUGGAGGAAAUGAGCAGCACGCUGAGCGCAGAGCAGGAUGACUCGGUACGGAGCGCUGCGCCCCUCCUCUGCACGAGCAGCACGCUGUUUUUCGGUCAGUCUGCGGAGAACAGCCCUCUGGGAAACUUCCUGAAAGGGUUUAUAGAUGUGCCCUCCUGUCAUAUUGUCUUAUCCAAAGAAGGCCGAGGCCUCAAACCCUACAUGUUCACCAUCCACUCCCAGCAGAUGUCGCACCCCUCUCAGGCGCUGGAUGUGGCAGCCGAUUCGCUAGAAGAGCUUAAUGACUGGAUAGCGAAGAUACGAGAGGCCACCCAGAACGCAGAUGCCAGGAUGCAGGAGGGGAAGAUAAUGGAGAGGAGGAAGAAGAUCGCGUUGGAGCUUUCUGAGCUGGUCGUCUAUUGCCGCCCGGUGCCUUUUGAUGAAGAAAAGAUCGGGACGGAGAAGGCCUGCUACCGCGACAUGUCUUCAUUCCCCGAGACCAAGGCCGAGAAAUACGCCAACCGCAGCAAAGGGAAGAAGUUCCUGCAGUAUAACCGGCGUCAGCUGAGCCGGGUCUACCCCAAAGGACAGCGACUGGACUCCUCCAACUACGACCCACUUGCCAUGUGGAUUUGUGGAAGCCAGCUGGUGGCCCUCAAUUUCCAGACUCCAGACAAGCCCAUGCAGCUGAACCAGUCGCUCUUCACGUUGGGCGGGCAGUGCGGGUACGUCCUACAGCCGGACAUCAUGAGGGAUGACCUUUUCGACCCGUUCGAUAAAAACAGCCUGAAGAUUGUGGAGCCAAUCACAGUGCAGAUCCAGAUCCUGGGUGCCAGGCACCUUCCGAAGAACGGCCGUAGCAUCGUCUGCCCCUUUGUGGAGGUGGAGGUCUGCGGCUCGGAGUUUGACAACAGCAAGAACAAGAGCGACGUCGUGGCUGAUAACGGUUUGAACCCGGUUUGGUUGAUGAAAGAGUUUGUAUUUGACAUCAAUAAUCCCGAAUUUGCCUUCCUGAGAUUCGUGGUGUACGAGGAGGACAUGUUCAGCGACCCCAACUUCCUGGCUCAGGCAACAUUUCCCGUGAAGGCGCUAAAGACAGGCUAUCGCUCGGUCCCCCUGCGGAAUAGUUACAGCGAGGAGCUGGAGCUGGCGGCCCUGCUGGUGCACAUUGAGAUCGCCAACGCUAAGGAGGAAGAUGACGAGAAUCUAUACACGUCUAUCCAGCAGCUGCGUGACCGAGCCAGUGAACUUUCAAACCAGGUUUCCAGCUAUGAGCGUGCCAAUAACUGCGACUCCCGCUACCAGCAGCGGCUGGAUGAGCUCCGAGCGGCCCAGGAGAGACUACUCGAGCUUACCGAAGUGCGCAACAGAAAACUCAUGGAAAAGAAGAGGAGAGACCGACAGCUGAUGAAUAAGAGGAACUGAGCAUCCGUCGUGUGGAAUUCCUGCUCUCUUCUUCUCCAUUCCCAUGAACUAUUUGCUGAACCCGGGAGACUCCACUGAACUGUCUACAGACAUAGCCAAUGACAAGAGAGGUCUUGUCUGAUGUCUCCCUUAGAGACGUGUAUAUAACGACUUCCUCUCAUGGCCUCGGCCUACCGACGCAAGACAGCAAUAUAUUCUCUCUUAAACGAUUGCCUUGCGGGAUGGACGAUAAAACCGCCGCAAUACGCCAUCUGCAGCAUGUGUGGGGGGCUACAGAUCCAUGUAUGCAAGACAUCCGAUACAAAGCAUUGAUCGGUAUGCGGUGGCGCGCGCACGUGCACGUAGACACGUUUGUGCUACCGGAAUAGACUUUCCAUUUCA